AUGCUUCCCACCCACCGCUGUGAUUGGUUUAACAAAGGCUUAGCCAUCUUUUCCUGGGCUUCACCACGCUGCCUGCCUCCCGCUCAGUCUCGAAAAGGUGCUGACCUGGACCGGGAGAAGAAAGCUGCUGAGUGCAAGGUGGACAGUAUUGGGAGCGGCCGGGCCAUCCCUAUUAAGCAGGGGAUCCUGCUGAAACGGAGUGGCAAGUCCCUGAACAAGGAGUGGAAGAAGAAGUACGUGACACUCUGUGACAAUGGGCUGCUCACAUACCACCCUAGCCUACAUGAUUACAUGCAGAACAUCCAUGGCAAGGAGAUCGACCUGCUGCGGACAACGGUGAAAGUACCAGGGAAACGUCUGCCCCGAGCCACGCCUGCCACAGCCCCAGGCACCAGCCCCCGUGCCAACGGGCUAGCCAUGGAGCGGAGUAGCACACAGCUGGGUGGGGGCACAGGUGCCCCCCACUCGGCCAGCAGCGCAUCUUUGCAUUCUGAACGCUCCCUCAGCAGCUCAGCCUGGGCUGGCCCACGCCCCGAGGGGCUACACCAGCGCUCCUGCUCCGUUUCCAGUGCUGACCAGUGGAGUGAGGCAGCUGCCCUGCCUGCCAGCAUGCAGCACCCUGCCAGUGGCCCAGCUGAGGUUCUCAGUUCCAGCCCCAAGCUGGAGCCUCCCCCAUCUCCCCACUCCAACCGGAAGAAGCACCGUCGGAAAAAGAGCACCGGGACCCCCCGACCAGACGGCCCCAGCAGUGCUGCUGAAGAGGUAGAGGAGUCCUUUGAGUUUGUGGUGGUGUCCCUCACUGGGCAGACCUGGCACUUCGAGGCUUCAACAGCAGAAGAACGGGAGCUGUGGGUGCAGAGCGUGCAGGCCCAGAUCCUCGCCAGCCUGCAGGGCUGCCGCAGCGCCAAGGACAAGACGCGACUGGGGAACCAGAACACAGCUCUGGCUGUGCAGGCUGUCCGCACGGUCCGAGGCAACAGCUUCUGUAUCGACUGCGAAGCCCCCAAUCCAGACUGGGCCAGCCUGAACCUGGGCGCCUUGAUGUGCAUUGAGUGUUCAGGGAUCCACCGACAUCUGGGGGCUCACCUGUCCCGGGUCCGCUCCCUGGACCUCGACGACUGGCCACCUGAGCUGCUGGCUGUCAUGACUGCGAUGGGCAACACCCUAGCCAACAGUGUCUGGGAGGGGGCCCUGGAUGGCUAUGCCAAGCCAGGGCCUGAGGCCUGCAGAGAGGAGAAGGAACGCUGGAUCCGGGCCAAGUACGAGCAGAAGCUCUUCCUGGCCCCGCUGCCAAGCUCGGAUGUGCCACUGGGGCAGCAGCUGCUCCGGGCCGUGGUGGAGGAUGACCUGCGGCUGCUGGUGAUGCUGCUGGCCCACGGGUCCAAGGAGGAGGUGAACGAGACAUACGGGGAUGGUGAUGGGAGGACAGCCCUGCACCUGUCCAGUGCCAUGGCCAACGUAGUCUUCACACAGCUGCUCAUCUGGUACGGGGUGGACGUGAGGAGCCGCGAUGCCCGGGGCCUGACCCCACUCGCCUAUGCCCGCCGGGCCGGCAGCCAGGAGUGUGCGGACAUCCUGAUCCAGCAUGGCUGCCCUGGGGAGGGCUGUGGGUUAGCACCCACUCCCAACAGAGAGCCUGCGAAUGGCACCAACCCCUCCACUGAGCUGCACCGCAGCCCUAGCCUCCUAUGAAGCUCAGGAAGAGGGCAGAGGGACCAGAAGGACUCCAUGACCUGGAGGAAACAGACAGAAGCAGGGACAUGCAGUGAGGAAGAGGAGGAGGAAACGAGGGACAGUCCAGGGGAUGGGGAGAGGUCUGAGAUUUGAGCUACAGCAGAAUGGGAGUGUGGUGUUCAGCCCUCUGCCCUAUGGUGCCAUUAAGAAGGGACAGAACCCUUUGGAGGUGCCUGUGAGGAGAGGGGGGCAGGACCUCUCCCUCCUCCAGAACCCUGCCUCCUCUUGCCAGCUUCCACAAACCUUCACCCAGCAGUGGGGAAGGAUAGAACACAGGAUGGGGGUGCUGGAUCAAAGAGAUAAGGGGGCGAUCUGUGAGUCCUGUGUAAAAUUUGUACAUUGGAAUAUUUAUGUUCGUGUACAUAUGUGGUGUGUGUGUAUGAUGAGCCAAUAAACCAGACUGUAUGUGUG